UUAUUAUUUCAGUGUUACUGUUCUAGCUAGGUUUUUUUUUCCCAAAGGUACUAUUUGUAACUAGUUAGCUAGGUCACUCCAACAUGCUAAAAUCUAGUGAAAUUUAGAAUCUCUACUUUAGUGGGAAACUGAUUUUUAGAGAAAAUUAAGACAUUAGACAGUUCACAAUUUUUCUGUUCCUAAAAAAACAAAAAGCCUUAGUCCUUGGACAUCCAUGUGAAAAGGCCUUGCUGCCGAGAGUUUGUAUAAAUAAAAGUGCCUUUGGGGCAUAAAUGUUGAGAAUUCUUAUUCUAAUUCUUUCAAAUGGAUUGAUGUCAAAGGAGAAGAGAAUUUGAUUUUCUUUUGCGAUUCUAUAUUAUUGUGAUACCUUUAAUGCAUAGCUUUAGUUUCCAUUACAAACAUUAAAUGGAUCCAUUUUGAAGAUCUCAUUAUGUGCAUAAUCUCUAGGUUUUCAUCCUCCAUCUUCAGCUCAAGGCAGUUAUUUUAAAAGGAAAUUUGCUUGAAGAAUCUUUUUUGAAGCUGAUGAACUCCCCAAAAACUGAACCUGGAAGAACUUAUGUUUCAAACCUUUUAUGUGCAAGCUUUGGGUCAGAUGUUUCUUUAGGAUCUGGAAUUCCUUGCAAAAUUGCUUUUUCGAAUGAAAGGAGCAGGGAUCUGUACUUUAUACCAGUGGCUAGUGGAGUAUCUGGUAGAUUAAUCCUUGCUGAGAAACAUCCAUUCCGUAGUCACCGAGGAGUUGUGAUUGCUAUUGCUCCUUUGGCUGGUUUGAGCCCAAAUAUAGAUGGGGAUCAUCCGACAUGGUUGCAUCUUCGAAUAAGAGAAUUUGACCCAAGAUUCAAUCCAAAUAAGAAUAGAGGGUAUUCCACAAAGACUGCCCAUCCUGCUGCAGAUGGGAGAUGGACAUUAGGUUUUCCCAGCACAAAAGCUUGCGAGGCUGCUCAUUUGUUGAUACUUGAGGAAACACGGAAGCACAGAUCCUUUAUUGAGAGCAUACUUGCUCCGCUACUUCAAAGUAAUUUUCUUGAAACCUUUGCCGAUAGUCAAGGUAAAGAUUGAUUUUGAAAGAGUUGUUUGCAUAAAAACACAAGUAAAAGUGGAAGAUGAUUGAGGAAUGAAAGGGAGAUCUCUCGUGAGUUGUGUAAGGAAAUUAUGUUUUGAUUAGUUUAUUUUGUAAACUCCUAGAAAACUUAGAAUAUAUAUGUGGUGGUAUCUUUGCUCAUCUUUCUAUGCAAUCGCAUGCUGAGAGGAAUGACACCAGUA